GAGAGCAGCGUCCACAGACCCGCGCUGUGCUCGCUUGUUCCCGCCAGGAAGGGGCCAGGCGUCACCGAGCCGGCCGCUAAGAAAGAGCAGCCCCCUGUAAUUUCCCCGUCUUCGAUCCCAACCCCGACGGCGACCACAAUCGCCCAGUCGUCAACUGCGGUGCCUCCGACCAGAUUGCCGCCCCCACAGCAUCCUGCCUCUAGUCAGCCAGAGAAGCAGCCCCUACCGAAAGAGGCCGCCCCGCCCACCUUUGUGCGACCCUUCGAGGACUCAUUCCAGCCAAAGUCACUGUCGGCGGCUCCGCCCGUCACUGUCGCCUUGCGCAACUCGCACACCCCGCCUGCUGGAAUGCAAUCCUCGCCAUCCCAAGCAGCUCUUUCCCUGGCCCAACAUGAGCAAGCGAGGCACGGCAGCGAGAAAUCACUGCUCUGCGUGGACGCUGCUCCCAAACACUUGUUACCUACCUCGUCUUUGUCACCGUCAGUUCCACUUUGUGUUCCUUUUGUGCCUCAGUCCCCGAAUCAACAGCCUCAGGCGGCGCCGCCGCUCCAGGAAGAAAAGCCUCCCCCGCAGCCCCUGCCACAGCGAACAGAAACCAUCACAGCCGUGCUCAACGUGCCCAACAAGGCCAAGGUCAUGGCCGCAGUCAAGGAAUCAGCCGCUGCCAGCCACAACCACUUCCACAGGAACCUCCUAGCACAAAAACUUACAAAUGACAUUUGUGAACAAGUGCCCGUGACCAGCAAACUGGAUUUGGCGGAAAAGCGCCGUAGAGACCGUCGAAUGAAGAUGAACGGUGGAGUGCCUGUGCAGGCCGAGGAGCGGCAAAAUCACCUCCCAGCUGGUCUGCUUCUCAAUGGCAACAGCAUUUUUGCGUCUUCAGUGUCGACAGGCUCGUCUGACUCGGAACAAGACUGGGACUCUGAUGGAGAGACUGGCAGCUGGCGACAGCAGCAUCUCCUCUUGACCAAGGGUCCGCCCUGCAAGCUGGAAAUAACGCCUCAAAAACUGCACUUCCUUCAGAUGUUUGGCCUCACCACGUUGGCGAAAAGAAACGAUCUUGAAUUGGCCAAAUGCGAGAGACGUUUCAUAAGACACUGGGAAGAGUACAGUUCGUUGCCUUUGGAGGUGGUAGAGGAAGAACCUGAAGAGGUCAGUCCUCCACCACCCGAGUUGCCCUACCCUUGCGGCUCCCCAGACAUACUGAACAAAUCGUCUGAUUACAACUCAAAAAUCUGCUUCCUCCGCUACUUAAAUUUGGAGCCAAUCACACCAGCUAAAAGAGCAGAACGAGAGGCUUCAUGGCAGCAGAUUCUUUCCGAAAGGGUUCGCCGCAAGAGCAUCAAUGCAGUGGUCUUGUACACGAGUCAGCAGAACCAGUUGAAGAAAGAGGCGACUGCGGAAGAAGCGUCCCUACCAAAAGCGCCGCCCUCCAAGAGCAGACUGAGCAAAAUGUGCAGCCCAAGCAGCCAACUCCUGGUUCCUCGGCCCUCCCGACCCAUUUCACCCGUCAACAACGGGGUCAUGCGCCCUUCGGUGUCCAAACUGUCCUGUUUGCUUCCCGUUGCCCAGCGACGAGCUAGCAGCAGUGACGAGGAGGAGAUUGAGGUGCCCACAAAGGUGCCAAAGUGGACUGGAAUUGAAGAAGUGAUGGAGGCGUACCAAAAGUACUCUAAUGAGUGCUCUUUGGAGGCUACUGUGCUUCGUGAGCAGUGCCAGCAGAUGCACCAGCAGCUGAUGGAGGGUCGACAAAAGGCCGAGCAGCUGGACACUCGAUUGCGCGAACUUGUGGCUCGCAAGAACAUGCACGAAUUUGAGCGCCACCAGAUCCAGUCGGCGCUGGACCAACUGAACUCGUGUCUUCAUAAAUUAAGGUAGCACCACCACUCAACUACACACGGGCAGGAGCAAAGCUGUGAUACAUUAAUAGAGAAAGAAGAAGUUAAAAAUUAAUUUUCCGUUAACUAUUUUUCCUAUUCUUUCCUCUCAUGGCAACCAGCGCAUCAAGAUAGAGAAAAAUUUAAAUUAAAUAAAUCCUCUCUUGCGUAUGUUAUUCAAUUUUUGUUUUGUUCGGUGUGUGUAGAAAUUUUCUUCUGUCAAAGACAUUCCAAGCGAGUAACGAGGAAUCCCACCACGCUGAAGUUUCUGUAUUUAUUUUUAACUCGAGUAACAAACUGUUUCAUGACAAAGUAGCUUUUUCCGUAGAAAAUGAACUGCAGUUUUGUUCUAACUUGCUGAGUUUGUUCUUUUUUUUCUAAGAAUUUCUUGAGGAGAGAUGCUUCACUAGUCCAGGGAAUUCUCUUUUUUAAUUACCUUGAACGAAAAAAAUUGUAUUUGCAGUUGUCUUUGCCUAAUUUUACAAUUAACUGACACACAAGUAAUUGAGUUUUGCUGGCUUAGCGCACAUUCCUUCAACAUUUAAGUGAUAUUAGGCAAAAUAAUAUCUGUUACCAACCCCACCCGCCCCCAGCCUUUUUUCGAAUGAUUAGUUUUGUUCGAUUUCCUUUGCUCGCAACUACUUGAGCAGCAAAUCCAAAGUGUUUUUAGGUUUUUUUUAAUGUAAGAAAGAAACAAGUGGCGUUCAUCUUAUUUUGUUGUGUUCGAAUAAGUGGAACCAUCGGAAAUCAGAGGCCAUAUCAUGUCAUGUAAUAUUCCUCAACAUGCAAGCUGAUUCAUGAAGUGAUCUUAUCCGGAUUGAUUCUUUUUGAAGGAUUUUGUAAUUAAAAAAACAAAAACAAACAACCUACUUGGUUUGCAUCGAAAUCGUUUUUUGUUUCGAAAUAAUUAUUUGUUUAUUUUGACAAAACGAAAUCUUGUAUGGCUGUUAAUCCUGUUUUUCAUCAUACACUGCGUGCGUGUAUUUUAUUGUAUGUUUGUAACAAAUAAAUAUCUUUGUAAUAUUUGUACUUUACAAAAGCUGUAGCAUUUUAGACGACCUGUGUAAGGAGCAUGUUUUGUGAUGGGCAUUUUUUGAGGAUACCCAGAAAACAUUGAAUAAAUGAAGUUGAAAGGCAAAUCUAAA